CAAGCGUAGGCUCGAGCUCGACCGCUCCCGGCCGCCGAUCACAAUGCCUCACGACGCCGCGCGCGCGUGCGCUUCUACUACCGGCGCCGAUCCCUUGCUCGCCGCCGUGGCCCUGCUAGCUGCCUUCGUGCCGCUCCUCGCGGCGGGCGGCGCCGCGCCGCCGCCGACGACGACAGUGCCGAUCGGCGUCGGGGUGGUGCUGGACCUAGCGACCGGGCUGGGGAAGAAGAGCCUGCUCAGCCUGGAGAUGGCGCUCGAGGACCUCUACGCGGCGCACCCCAACUUCAGCACCCGGGUGAGGCUCCACGUCAGGGACUCCGACCGCGACGUCGUCACCGCCGCCUCCGCAGCAUUAGAUCUCAUCCGUGAUGAAAAGGUCAGCGUUGUCAUUGGUCCUCAGAGCGCUUUACAAGCAGAGUUUGUUACAUAUCUAGCGAACAAGACUAAGGUUCCUGUCAUCAGUUUCUCAGCAACAGGUGAUGCAGCCAUCCAGUAUCACCUCCCCUACUUCCUUCGUGCUUGUGCCAAGGACUCCUUCCAGGCAGCUGCAAUUGCUUCCUUUGUUGAGGAAUGUUGA